GCAAUUAAUUUACAAGAUGAUAAUGAAAAUAAUCAUAAAUUAGAAGUUUUCUUGAAAAACUAUAUUGAAAAGAAAAAACUUGAGUAUGAGAAAGAAACACAGAGAAGAGAACUUCAAAUUCUUAAGAAGAGUAAAGAUGCUCUAUGA